AUGACAAUGAGUAUCACAGAAGUAUUCGGUGAAUUCAGGUGUGGUAAGACACAGAUGUCUCAUACUUUGUGUGUGACAACGCAGCUUCCGAGGGAAAUGGGUGGCGGUGAAGGCAAAGUGGCAUAUAUCGACACAGAAGGUACCUUCCGGCCUGAGCGGAUCAAGCAAAUUGCAGAAGGUUACGAAUUGGAUCCUGAGUCAUGUUUGGCAAACGUUUCAUAUGCUAGGGCUCUGAAUAGUGAACAUCAAAUGGAACUUGUAGAACAAUUAGGUGAGGAGCUUAGUUCUGGAGAUUAUCGCUUAAUCGUGGUAGAUUCUAUAAUGGCGAAUUUUAGGGUAGACUAUUGCGGUAGAGGUGAGCUAAGUGAAAGACAACAAAAGCUAAACCAACAUCUUUUCAAAUUAAACAGAUUGGCAGAAGAAUUCAACGUCGCAGUAUUUUUAACAAACCAGGUACAAUCAGAUCCGGGUGCGUCUGCACUAUUUGCCUCCGCAGAUGGUAGAAAACCAAUUGGAGGGCAUGUAUUGGCACAUGCUUCAGCAACAAGGAUUCUAUUGAGAAAAGGACGCGGUGAUGAAAGAGUUGCCAAGUUACAAGAUUCUCCAGAUAUGCCCGAAAAAGAAUGUGUUUACGUAAUUGGUGAAAAAGGUAUCACCGAUUCAAAUGACUAG